UGCAACGCGCGCGCGCGUCGGCUGCGCGAUUCGGCUUCCUUAUCAUUUCACGGUCGACCUUUGCUUUAGUGCAGUCCGAGGCCGAUGCGAUGCGCUUACAACUAAACUGACGCAGUCUGUAUAAGAAGGUACACAACAAGGUAUGUAAUCUGAUCUUUGGAGAGAGUGCGCUUUCGACGAGUUUAAGCGACAGGGACAAAAUGCGGAACAAACGCUUGAGAGUAUCAUAACAAUCAUCAGUAGUAGCUUGCGAUCUGCUUCGUGAUGAGCGUUCUAGUUUUGAUCGGUGUUCUAGGUGGGUUGGGAAUCGGAUCCACUGGCGCUACUGAGCAGGAAGUGAACCCCUGCUCGGUGAUAUUUGGUGAUGGAUCCUCCGGAGUGGGUGUUUUGAAUCGAACUUUCAACGGAGUUCCCUAUUGUGAAUAUUUGGGAAUAAGGUAUGCAGAGCCGCCGGUUGGACAGUUGAGGUUUAAAAGUCCAUUUCUUCGAGUUCCCAGAGGUCUCGAGAAUUACACUAAAGUGGGAAACAUAUGUGCACAGCUAGAUACGCUCGAAGUGGCUACAAAUGUUCUAGGAGACGAGGAUUGUUUGUUUCUGAACGUGUAUAGUCCAGCAAUUCCGAAAGGUUCCGAACCUAACCGCAAGUAUCCCGUACUAGUAUAUAUCCAUGGAGGCAGUUAUGCAAUCUGGUCCUCUCAAACCGAUAUGUUCGGUGUUGAUUUGCUCAUCGAGAACGAAGUUGUAAUCGUCAGUUUCAACUACCGAUUGUUCGUCCUAGGAUUUCUCCGUCACCCGGAUUUCAACGUCAGCGGAAAUUUCGGUCUGAAGGAUCAACUCUCUGCCUUGCAAUGGGUUCAGCAGUUCAUCGAACCUUUCGGUGGCGAUCCCAGUAAUGUGACCAUCAUAGGGCAGAGCGUUGGAGCUCACUCGGUCACCUAUCAUCUCUAUUUGGAACCGUUCAGUGGACUGUUCCAUCGAGCCAUUGUCAUGUCGGGCUCCCUUCUAGCACCAUCCGCAAUGAUUUACGAACCAGAACGUUUCACCCCUAAAUAUUUGAAAGCAAUCAACAUCUCCACAAAAGAACAACUGAUGAAUGCUCCAUUCCAAGAUCUGUUUCUACGAUUCCCCCAACACAGACGAUUUGUGUUCGCCUCCAUUGGCCUUCCCAUCUUCCUUCCGACGGUUGAAGAUGUAAGCGAUCCGGCUGCUCUUGUCACGAAGCCCGCACAUGAACUGAUCCUAAGCGAACCGAUCAAUCAAGUCCCACUAAUGAUUGGAAUGACCGCGGCGGAGUUCGUUCCGUACUUCAGCAGUUCACAACAAUUCAGUGCCGAUGAAAAUUUUCCGAAUCGAGACAAAGGGAAAUCACUAACGUUAGUUUUGAAUAUGCUUCGGACGGCCAAUGUCCUAACUAAAAGGAUCGAUCCGAAUGGUGCCGGACGCCAUUUUUAUGGUAAGUUUGGUGAUUUGGCAAAUAUGUAUUAUCCGGUGAAAAAACUCCUAAGUCAGCUUCAUGAGCAUGGGCCCUACCAGGCUCCCAUUUACCACUACCGAUUCGAAUUUGAUGGAAAAUUCGGAAAGUAUAAGAAUCAGUAUUACAAGGAAGAUUUGGACAUGAGCUACGGAGGAGCCAUGCACGGGGACGAUUUGGGUUACCUGUUUUCACCGUACAAUCUAAGAGAGGCUUUGGCUAAUCGAAGUGAGUUCGAGACUGAAUGGAAGGUGGCGGAGAUAAACGUCGAGCAGAUUGGCAAUUUCGUAAAAUAUGGGAAUCCAACGCCGAAUUAUAGUGAAAGGGUGACAGUUUUAUGGCAGCCUUUCAAUGGAAAUAAUUCGGUUCCUCAGUACAUGAACAUCAACGUCGAGAAUGAGAUGCGAAAAGAUGACGAUUCCUCGAAUUUGGUAUUUCGACUCUGGAAGAAAGCACAUAACUGUUUGUUUUACUACGAGUGUUUACCGGUUCAGGAUCUGCAUCACCGAAUGGCGCAGCUCUUGGAACUGAACCGUACUGAUGUAAACCUGGAAGGCAUAUUUGAUGAUGAUAAUAUAACGUGAAGCAAUUUA